UGUCUGAUGGUCACUCACUUUGCUCAUCGUUGGCUGCUUGCGAAAGUAACUCUGAUGGUCUGAAGUUCUUUCAAUGCUACAAUAAGGCGUCUGACGAUAACAGCCCAAACUUGUUUAACAUCACCGUCACAUCGGAGCGCAUUGCUGACAAAUUGACAAUUUCAUAUCAAGCCAUCAACGACACCGAACGCKUGUGUACUACUAAUGCCCGUGUUAAGAACGUGAAUGACUUAAGUACUAGUAGAGCGUAUCUAAAUGAUUGUUUACUUGGAGAGUGGAGUCCAUCAGAAGGUGCCGAUCAGUUAAGUGAAAGUCGGAUGUUACCCAAACAGGACUCUGAGCCAAUCGCUCGCAUGUUAGCGUUUAAAACCAUAGACCGAUUGUAGACRCAUGAGUCGCAAGAGAAAGAAUGUUAUAGAGUAAAACUUAUUUAUAAUUYAUAAAUUUUUGUAAAAAACAAAAAAUAGCAAUAACACAGAAAUGAUCUUGAAGUGACUUAAUUUAAAGUAA